AUGUCCUCCUCCGCUACUCCAAGCAGCACCGCCGGUCCCUCGCGGCUUCCGCACCUGUCAGCGGGGCAAGCACCGACCGCACCGUCUACUUCGGGCGAUAGCGAGUCCACCGCCCUCCCUCCGCCCGACCGCGGAAUAGACACGGGGAUACUGAAAGAGCUAGCGCGGUCGGCAUUGAUAGAGAAGCUCAACGAUAUCCAGGGCCAAAAAACGCUGAUACUCGACAAGUCGCUCGCUGGGCCUUUGGGGCUGGUCACUGAUAUUGCGCUGCUCAAGAAUCAAGCGGUCGAUAAGAUCUUCUGGUUGGAAUCUGGACCGUUAAAUGUUGCAACGAGGAAUAUCGUGUGGCUCUGUCGGCCAAAAUUAUCGCUUAUGCGGACUAUAGCAGAGCAAGUGAGGCAAGAGCAAGCCCGCGCUUCUUCGAGUGGGCCGGUCGUCUUCACCUUGCUGCUCGUACCGAGGGCGACGGAGCUGUGCCGGAAGGUAUUGGAAGAUGAGGGUGUAGCGGGUGAUUUGAACAUACAAGAGUACAAGCUGGAGUUCAUCCCCAUGGAAGAGGAUCUGCUGUCAUUGGAAAUGGACGAUGUGGCUCGAGACAUCUACCUCAAUGGAGACGAUACCCCUAUCUACUACUCUUCGCUGGCGCUCAUGACUUUCCAGCGGGCAUACGGCCUCUUCCCGCGGAUACUAGGCAAAGGAGACGCAGCAAAGAGACUAGCAGACCUCAUGUGGCGACAUCAGUCCUCCGGUCUGCCAGAGUAUAGAGACUUUGAAUCGUCAGACCAGGUCGAUGGGCUCAUCAUCAUCGACCGGUCCGUCGAUUGGGUUACGCCCAUGUGCACCCAACUGACGUAUGAUGGGAUGCUGGACGAGUAUAUUGGCAUCAACAACGGGUCAAUAGAGAUAGAUCCCGCCCUCAUCGACCCGCCCGCACCCACUCCUGCACCUACAUCAACUUCCGCCCUCCCUACAACCCCGGUCGUAAAGAAACGGAAACAUCAAUUAUCAUCCAGUAAGGAUCGGCUGUACGCCGAGAUUCGGGAUCUCAACUUCGCGGUCGUGGGGAGUCGGUUGAGCCGGGUUGCGAGAAGGUUGGAGGGUGAUUAUGGGGGUGCGAAGAAUUUGAAGAAUGUGAGGGAGAUGAAGGAGUUUGUGGGCAAGAUCGGGGGAUUGCAGGGGGAACAGCAGAAUCUGCGUCUUCAUACCGGCCUCACCGAGCAGCUAAUGCCGAUCACGCGCACAGACGAGUUCAACAAGAUGCUCGAGGCACAGCAGAACCUCGUCGCUGGGUAUGAUGCCAUGGCGCAGCUAUCUACGAUCGAGGAGAUGAUGUUCCAGCAGUCGGCAUGGAGUGGAGUGCUGAGAGGGGCGGUAUUGAUGAGUCUGACGAAUGGCGGGAUCAAGGUGAAGAACCUGGAAGCGUACAAGCGGGACUUCCUUCAGGUCUACGGCUAUCACCACCUCCCUCUCCUCAUCCACCUCCAGACCCUUGGCCUCCUCGUCAAGUCCCCCUCGACCCUACCGCACCCCUCCCCCUCGCUACGCAAGUCCCUACGUUUAGUAGUGGACGAUACGAACGAUGCCGUUCCGAACGACAUCUCGUACGUCUACUCGGGGUACGCACCGCUCAGUGUCCGUCUCGUCCAAUGCGUCACGCAAAAGAACUCGAUCCUCUCCGCCGGACCUGGCACAACCGAUGAUCCCGCUCAACGGACAGGCAAGUCGGCCCUGCCCCAGGCGCAUCCGAUAGCGGGGUGGAGAGGGUUUGAGGAUGUACUAGCGAGUAUACCGGGCGCGACGGUCGAUAUUCGGCAGAAGGCCGAAGGCGGCGCUGGGGUCGCGGUGGAUGGGAGGGACAAGGCAGAGGGGUCGACGACGACUGUGGUGUUCUUCUUGGGUGGGUGUACGUUCACGGAAAUUGCGGCGUUGAGGUGGAUGUCGAAGCAGACCAAGGGAAGGAAGUUCUUGAUUGCGACGACGGGGAUCAUCAACGGCACGAAUCUGCUGGAAAGUUUUGGAGACCGGCCGCCUGUGGCAUUGUCCUAG